UUUCUUGUCUAUAUGCAGUCAGUCAUUUUCUUUCAGGAAUCAGGUACCAAUUUGCCAUAAGUCUGAGCCGUCAAAACAUUUGAAAAUGUGGAUAAUGGGUAGUGAAAAGUUAAUUUAAAAUUAUAUUAAUUGUAUUUAUACCAAAUAAAAAGAUUGAUAAAAAAUAUUCAAAUUUAAUAUAAACAAUGACAACUAUUAGGCCAUUCACGUGUGAAGAUAUGUUAAAAUUCAAUAAUGUGAACUUGGAUCCAUUAACAGAAACAUAUGGAUUAUCAUUUUAUACUCAAUACUUAGCCCACUGGCCAGAGUAUUUUCAAGUUGCCGAAUCGCCAAGUGGUGAAAUUAUGGGAUACAUAAUGGGAAAAGCUGAAGGGCUUGGGGAAAACUGGCAUGGUCAUGUUACUGCACUGACAGUGAGUCCUGACUAUAGAAGGCUGGGUAUUGCUGCCACAUUGAUGAACAUACUUGAAGAUGUCUCGGAAAAAAAAAAAGCAUAUUUUGUGGAUUUGUUUGUAAGAGUGAGCAAUAAAGUUGCCAUUAAUAUGUAUAAAAAUUUGGGAUAUAUUGUAUACAGAACAGUUUUAGAAUACUAUUCUGGGGAUCCAGAUGAAGAUGCUUAUGAUAUGAGGAAAGCUUGCUCCAGAGAUAUCCAAAAGAAAUCAGUUGUACCAUUAUCUCAUCCAGUGCGCCCAGAAGAAGUUGACUAAAUAAAAUAUUUGAUAAAAGAGAA